GAUGAUCUGUGUAGCCCCAGCAGUGCCACCUGUCAGUGUCCAUCAGUGCCAGCUCUCAGUGCUCAUCCAUGCCACCUGCCAGUGCCCAUCAGUGCCACAUCAAUGCCACAUAUCAGUGCCUACCAGUGCACAUCAAUGCCACAUAUCAGUGCCCAUCUGAGCUGCCUUUCAGUGCCACCUAUCAGUGCUGCCAAUCAGUGCCACCUAUCAGUGCCAGUCAGUGCCGCCUAUCAGUGUGCAUCAGUGCCACCUGUCAGUGCCCGUCAGUGCUGCCUAUCAGUGCCGCCUAACAGUGCCAGUCAGUGCCACCUAACAGUGCCAUCAGUGCCGCCUAUCAGUGCCACCUGUCAGUGCCGCCUAUCAGUGCCAUAUAUGAGUGCUGCCUUUCAGUGCCCAUCAGUGAUGCCUGUCAAUGCCCAUCAGUGCCACCUACCAGUGCCUCCUCAUCAG